AUGAAUGAUUGUAAUGGAGGUGCAGGGGAAGAGUGGGAAAGCAGCAAGUUGGUGUGCACAUUAUGCAGAGACACAAGGGAAUGGCAUAGAGCUAAGAAGAGAUUCAGUUAUGCUGAGCUGCAGAUUGCAACAAACGGCUUCUGCCCUCAGAACUCGAUGUCUGAUCAUGGAAGCAAAGCCUACGUGGGUUUGUUGAACGAUCAGAGGAAGAUUCUCAUCAGGGAGACCCCUUCAGUAGCAAUGAGAGAGGAUGAUUUUGAGAGAGAGGUUGGGAUGCUUGAGGGAGUUAGGCAUCCCAAUGUAGCGUUGCUCCUUGGAUUCUGCUCAGAAGGAUCAAACAGAUUCCUUGUCUAUGAAUAUGUCUGCAACGCCUCUCUCAACACACAUUUAUCAGAUAGAAACGAGAAGUUGAGCUGGGAAAUACGAAUAAACAUAGCAUACGGUGCAGCUAAAGGGUUGGAAUACUUGCACGAACAAGGAAUUUAUGGCAGCAUGAGGCCAAGCAACAUCCUCGUAACACAUGAUUUUCAACCAAUGGUGUCAUACUAUGGAGUGAGGAAUGAAUACGAGGCGUUGGGAGAGUGGUCGGGGCAGCUACCAAAGAGAUCAGCCAUGAAGACCUUUGAGCACUUAGCACCAGAGUAUGGUGAGACCGGCAAAGAAGCGAGUAAAGCUGAUGUGUUCUCGUUUGGCGUGGUGCUGCUGGAGCUCAUCACAGGGAGAAAGACUGUCCAAGACACACAUGGCCUAAGCUUCUUGAGAUGGGCCAGGCCGCUGUUGAGGCACAAGAAAUACACAGAAUUGACAGAUCCUAUGCUCAAAGAUACCCCUGAUGUUUACCAGCUCUACUGGCUCAUUCGCGUCGCCGAUAAAUGCCUUAGCUUGGAUCCCAAGAGUAGAUACUCAAUGAACAAGGUUGUCAAAGCAUUAUCGGACGUUGUUAAUUGUUGUGGCGUUGAGGAAUUCUCUCCUACUGAAUCUGAAUUGUGACUCUUAUUGGAAAGAAAAUUUGGAUGCUAAGUCUUGUUUUUCUUGAUGAUGCAAACAUUUAAUCUCUUAUUCUGAGUUCUGCUCAGAUACAUAUCUAGCCUAAGAUCGUUUGUUGAUCAAGAUGGAAAAAAUCUUUAUUU